AUGCGUCUCAUAUUAACUGGUGCCACUGGCCUGGUUGGAUCGUCCGUCCUAACGCACAUUCUCUCUUUACCCAAGGGAGAAGUUUCGCAGUUGUUCAUUCUUAGCAGAGGCCCUGUUCCAAUGGCAAAUAACUACCCCAACGUGACUGUCAUCGAACACAAAGACUUCAAUAAUUAUCCCUCCGAUGUGCUAGAACAACUCAAAGGCGCAAGCGGUUGUGUUUGGGCCCAGGGAAUCUCCCAAAGCCAGGUCUCGAAGGAGGAAUACGUGAAAAUCACCCUGGACUAUCCCACGGCUGCAGCCAAAGCAUUUUCGGGAUUAUCCGAUUCUUUCAACUUUGUCUACGUCUCUGGGGAAGGGGCUACCCAGACACCGGGCAUAUUCACUCCAUUCUUUGGUGACAUCAAAGGCCAGUGUGAAGCUGCUUUGAUCGCUCUCUCUGAUACAUAUCACUCUCUGAAGCCAUAUUCUGUUAGACCAGCAUUUGUGGAUCCUGCUCAUGAUCCAAAGGUCCUGGAGCAUGUUCUUCAACGACCAGAUCAGCAGGUUUGGUCAAAGAAGCUGCUUCGAAGUGCUAUUGGCCCUGCAGUGCGAUAUGCGUUGCCUAGCCAAGUAUCACCGACGAAAUAUCUUGGAAAGUUUUUGACCAAUCUAGCAAAGGGAGAUGGAAGGCCAUUAAGUGGAGAGGGUAUUUCUGGAAAUGGUUGGAUUGUGUCAAAUGUCGCAUUCCGAAGACUUGUUGGCCUGUCGAGAAAAGAGGUUGGUAAGGAAGAGCUUUGA